AUGCCUUUUCUUGCUCAAAAAAGGGUGCCAAUCCCUAACAAAGACAUUCUAUCCUGGAUGUUCGAUGAACCAAAAUUCGAUCAGGAGAAACCGGUCUACAUCGAUGCUAUUGACCCGUCAAGGUCGAUUUCCGCAAGUCAAGCUCGGGUGAUAAUCCGAAAGCUCGCCGCGGGUUUCCACGCCGCCGGGGUGAAAUCCGGAGACUGUGUUUGCGUUCACAGCUUCAACAAUGUCUAUUACCCCAUGUUGUUUCUAGGUAUCAUCGCAGCUGGUGCAAUCUUCGCUGGCACCAACCCAGCCUAUACUCACUUCGAGCUUGCUCAUCACUUCAAGACAUCACGCACUAGAUUUAUCAUUGCCGAGCCCGACCUGUUGAAAGCUGUAGUGUCAGCUGCACAAGAAUGCGGCAUACCACAAUCCAACGUCCUUGCCUUCAAUUGCCACAAUGAAUCAAUUCCAGCCGGAUUUGAACCUUGGGGAACACUGUUGGAACAUGGGGAGAGGGAUUGGAUUCGCUUCGAUGACGAACAGGUCUCCAAGAAGACGACAGCUGCGAGGCUGUUUAGCAGUGGGACUACUGGAUUGCCAAAAGCUGCAGCGCUGUCCCAUUACAAUCUGAUCGCCCAGCACACGUUGGUCAAUGAGAUACAACCGCCGCCAUACGAGCCACGCCGCUUACUAUAUCUGCCGCUGUUUCACGCAGCAAUGGUACCAGUGGCCCACGUCACGCCUCUCCGGUCAGGUGAUUCAAGCUACAUCCUCCGGCGCUUCGAAAUGGAGCCAUUCCUUACUUCCAUACAAAAGUACCAGCUUACAGAGAUGGUCUUCGUACCACCAGUUGCUGUCGCCGUCCUGAAGUAUCCGUCUCUUCACAACUAUUCUCUGAAAUCGAUCAAAGUCGUUGUGUGUGGCGCAGGACCACUAGAUAAGGAACACCAAAACGCACUUCAAUCUAUCUUGGGGUCCGAGACGUCGUUCACUCAGGUUUGGGGCAUGACAGAGACUAGUUGUGUCGCUUCAAAAUUUUACUAUCCUGAGCGGGACGAUACUGGUAGUGUUGGGCGCAUGAUGCCAAACUUAGACGUCAAGCUCAUAGAUGAUAACGGAAAAGACAUUACAGCUUUUGAUGUACCUGGAGAGCUCUGUAUACGAGGCCCCACGAUCAUAUCGGGUUACUUCAACAGUUCACACGCUACAAAGGACUCGAUUGAUGGGGAAGGGUACUUCAAGACGGGGGACGUGAUGUACUGCGACUCAAAAACAAAGAAAUGGUAUAUUAUCGAUCGAAAGAAAGAACUGAUCAAGGUGAGGGGGUUCCAGGUAGCACCAGCCGAGAUCGAGGGAGUCUUACUCUCCCAUCCGCAGAUAUUGGACGCUGCUGUCAUUGGAGUUCGGAAACCGGACGAACCGGAUGUGGAAAUGCCGAAGGCAUUUGUGGUGCGGAAAUCUGGUUCCGACGGCGCAGCAUUAACAGAAGAGAUGGUGAAAUCAUUUUGCGGAGAGAGAUUGGCAAAAUACAAGGAGCUUUCAGCCGGAGUUACAUUCAUUGAUGCUAUUCCGCGAAAUGCGACGGGAAAGGCCCUGAAACGCAUACUGAGGGAUAUGGCGAAAGCUACGACUGCAAAUUCCGCCAGGCUCUGA